AUGUCGCAUCCACACUUGACAGGUCCUCGGAAACACCGCCUCUACCGCGGGCAUCGAGCCCGGUCCCUCAACAUCACCGAAGAAGAGCUCGUCGAGGUCCGAGCCCGCGAAAGGACAUUCGACGGAGCGUACUGGCGAACAGCCAUGAAAUCCUUCUCGAUGGGGAUGAUUAUCAUCCGGCUCUUCACAAAAUCCUUCUACAAGAUCGGGAUCAUCUUUGUCGCUUUUGGAAUGGCUAUGCUCGGGAUAUCGGUGUUGAGGAGAAAGGCGGCGGGGGAUGUGUUUGAUCAAAGGAAACCGUUUGAGACGAGUGGGUUUUGGGUUGCUGUCACUACAGGUGUUACGACGGUGGCGUAUGUUAUUAUGUUUGUUUUGAUUAUGAAUUUGAGCUGA